AUGUCUCUCAAGGACGAGUUUGCGACGAGAAACUUCAGUAUCUACGGACAAUGGCUUGGAAUCUUGUCUAUGCUCCUAUGCUUUGCGCUGGGUGUCUCGAACCUGUUCUAUCUUUUCCUCCACCCUCUCAUCAUCAUCUUUGCCAUCUUCGCUCUUGUCUCCUGCUUCGUCAUCCUCUUCAUUGAAGUGCCCCUCCUACUCCGAAUCUGCCCUACCUCGGCCUCGUUCGAUGCUGCGAUCCGCAAGGUUUCGACUAACUACAUGCGUGCCGCUACUUACGGCGUCAUGGCUGUUAUCCAGUGGGUUAGCAUUGCCGUCGCUGCAACGUCCUUGAUCGCCGCCGCUGUCGUCCUAACUUUCACUGCCCUUUGCUAUGCCCUUGCUGGUGUCAAGGGUCAGGCCUUCGUUGGAAGCAAGACACUAGGCGGUGCAGGUGUUGCACAAAUGAUCGUAUGA